UACAUACGCCUCUUUGUAUAUGUGAGCAUAUCUGUAUAAUUGACUCUGUUGCCGAAGAAAGUCGUCACUAGCCUUAUUCAAAUUAGUUUUUUGAAAUUCUUCGAUUCUUCUCCAUAAGUGAGAUCACAUGACUGAUAUUUCGACAUGAUACUGGCACAUAAUGUAUGCAGUUUCUUCUACUAAAAUUAGAUUGAUUUUGAUGUUGCUAUUGACUGAACGCUAAAACUCCUUGGUUGACAUGCUAGGGCUUAAUAAAUUAAAAUAAGAUGACACUUCCUGUGUAAUUAUUACGUUUAUUUGGACGUUUUGCCGAGGAAUCUCAUACCGAACUUCAGGAAGUAUUUGGUAGAUAAAAUCACUCCUUGAACUUCCGGUCUAGGUAGAGAAGAUCAACCAUAUAUGACCAACAAUACUUCUUUUGUGAUCUUUGACAUGUUUACAUCUUUGGGGUUUUUUUUCAACAGGACAGUUAAAUAUGGAAAAAAUGUCGAACAAAACACUUAAUGAUCAUUACAUCAGUGGUACAAACAACAGUUUGUGAUGUUAGGUUCAUUGUUACGGUGUACGUGACGGCAGAACAAACGCACAGUCGGUCAAGAUAAUGGCGCGGAAUAUUUGCCACCGAGCACAAUAGGGGACUGACAACUGUGUACACGGCAACAUAAUGUGUACAUGGCGCGAGUCUAUGUGUGUGCGUGUAUUCAGGAACGUGUACAGGGGUCAGUGCGCCUUCGUGUGUACAUUCCACGGUUAGUGCAGCUGGUAUGUGGGACGACGCGGGUGCUACUGGCGGUGGUAGUAACGGUGUUAGAUGGUAACCAGCUGGUCUUAGAUCACUGAUAUGCAAGCCGGAACUAACAAUGGAAGUGACAAGUGCACGACCAAUGUAGACUUUCGGCUCUUGAAGGAGGAAGCAAGGCCUGCGUCACAAAAGAGGCGGGUCUUAGCCGGCGGAAUCGUGUGAGUGGCUACGACGGAGGGGACGCGAUGACGUAGAAAAUUGCUUAUCCAAUCAUAUGGCUCAUCACAACAGACAGACUGGAAUAACUUAGCUGAUGAUUGGCUUACUGCCGCUAGUCCCGAAAGUUUGAUAGGGGGAGCCAGGUGCCGGCGGCCAAUGACCGACGCGGAAAGCUCCGAGUAGCCCCGCCCCCUACGCGUGAAGGUGCCGCCCACCCGUGCCUCGAGUUCAAUCACCAUAUUUUAUUCCUGGUCGCGAGUUGGUCGUCCAAAUCGGGUGGACUGUGGAUUAGUGCACGCGGCGCGGCACGGCGGGUCUGUCUAAUUAAGUGGCCAGGAGAUUAGCGGCACGACCAUCGCUUUUUGCUGCACCGCGCCGGCCGACGACCACCGCCCGAGGUAGGUGUCCAGUGGUGCCAUGGCGCCCCGCCCGCACGCCCACGCUUGGGCUGUGCCCACUCAUACGUAUGAAGGAGAAGCGCCCAUGGUCCAAUCACACCCACGAGCGUGGUCAUGUAGCCCCGAGGGCCAAACGCCGCCCUGAAUCCAACAAGAUUCCGCACAGGUUCCUUGUGCUUCAGGUGUGGCCCGCCCUCACCUGGCCAAUACGCUACUGACGAAGGCACAGGCAGAGCCGCACUUGCAGCGAGUUCACCUGCGGCACGUACCGCGUCGGUGCCUGGGACGAGUGGUCCCAGGCACCGACGCGAGGGCUGCGAGGCAUGGGAACAGCAAGGCAGUGUGUCAGGGGCGGGCAGUGUACGUGUUGGCUCUGGGCGCAGUGAAGGGGGUGCCCAUGGAAUGAAUUAAUUUCACAAACAUCAUGAGUAAAUGCAGUUAUGAAAGCGGAAAUUCCUGAGACGUUUUGCUUAGGAAUUCAUGCGGUAAACAGACACGAUGAAGGAAAAAAGCAAGAACGCCGCCAGAAGUCGAAGGGAGAAAGAGAACGCGGAGUUCCUGGAGUUGGCCAAGUUACUCCCUCUCCCCGCCGCCAUCACCUCACAGCUCGACAAGGCUUCGAUAAUACGACUCACAACUAGUUACCUCAAGAUGCGACAUGUCUUCCCUGACGGGCUGGGCGACGCGUGGGGCGCGGCUCCCCCCCAGACCAACCCCCGAGAGACAGCCAUCAAGGAGCUGGGAUCACACCUCCUGCAGACGCUGGACGGAUUCAUCUUCGUAGUGGCUCCUGACGGCAAGAUCAUGUACAUUUCUGAGACCGCGUCUGUCCACUUGGGACUCUCACAGGUCGAACUCACCGGGAACAGUAUCUACGAGUAUAUCCACCCUGCCGACCACGAGGAGAUGACGGCUGUGCUGAACGUCACUCCCCAACCCGUCCCCCAUUCUCCCUACGUCAGACAAGAUGAGGAGAUAGAGAGAACCUUCUUUAUAAGAAUGAAGUGCGUCUUGGCGAAAAGGAAUGCCGGUCUUACCACAGGUGGCUAUAAGGUGAUCCAUUGCUCCGGUUACCUCAAGAUCAAGCACUACACGCUGGACAUGGCGCCCUACGACAGCUGCUACCAGAACGUGGGUCUUGUGGCCGUCGGACACUCGCUGCCGCCCUCCGCCAUCACAGAGAUCAAAAUGCACUCCAAUAUGUUCAUGUUUAGGGCCUCGCUCGACCUCAAGCUCAUCUUCCUCGACGCCAGAGUGGGAGUGCUGACCGGGUAUGAGCCUCAGGACCUGAUUGAGAAGACGCUGUACCAGUAUAUCCACGGCUGCGACAUGCUGCAUAUGCGCUACUCUCACCACAUGUUGCUGAUGAAGGGGCAGGUCACGACCAAGUACUAUAGAUUCCUGACCCGCGACGGAGGCUGGGUGUGGGUGCAGAGCUACGCCACCAUCGUCCACAACUCCCGCUCCUCCAGACCGCACUGUAUCGUCGCCGUCAACUACGUUCUUACCGAGGUUGAGGCGCGCGAAGGGAGGUUUUCGUGGGAGCAAGUGGGCGCCGGACGGGGGGAAGAGGCGGGGGCGUGGGGCGACGCUGGGAUCAAGAGUAUGGCGGGCGGGCGUCUCAAGUGCCGGACUUCGCCAUACCCCUCUCCCGCCCCCACAGAGGCCCUCCACGACGUCCUGGAGGGCCCACCUGGGGCUUCCCUCCACUACCCUUCUGCCCUGCCCCCUCCCGCCCUGGCCGCGCCCCCGACGCCGUACCCCGACCCGCGCAUCACGUGCUACCCCCCGACGUACGAGACGUACGACGAUCGGUACGUGAGGAGUGAGGCGCACCAGUACCCGGGGUGCGGAGUGGCCCUGGACACCACGCCCCUCACCGGCCCCGCCUCCACCCCCGCCUGCCACUACAGCGCCACCAAGGGCAGCACCGGCUACGAGGAGCGGCCCUGGAGCCACGGCUCGGGGAGCUCCUCGGCCUCCGAGGACACCCGCCACGAGUACCCCAACAACAACAACAACAACACCAGCAGCAGCAGCAGCACCCCGGGCACCACCUCCACGGUGCCCAUGACCAUGUACCCGCUGCACGACUACUACGCCCACACGCACGACAAGUUCUACACCACGGACAAGCUUCAGUACGCCGGCGACAAGACGCAGUAUUCGGACAAGUUACAGUACACCGACAAGGUGCAGUACACAGCAGGAGUAGCGGGCGGCGGGGGCGGCGGCGGGUGCGUGAGAGGUGUUUAUAGUUACGUCGACACCGCCCUCACCGCGCCCGCGGAAGCCAGCAUGAGCACGGCCACCAAAAGCCACGUCCUUCCCCAGGCAGGGUACACGUCCGUCAUUGUGGACGCGCAGCAGUACCACGCGCAGAAUGAGUUCGUUCACUAGCUUGUACGUCGGCCAAUGUCGAGCAGCCGGGCCCUCGGCGCGACGGCUCUGGGGCGCCCGGCGGCCUCCGGAAUCAGUUCAUAUUAAAUCACAGUGUUUUGUAGGAGUGUCUUUGCUGGUAUCUUCCGUGUAUGAACAGCUGGGGGAAAGCAGCAGCUCCACGGAAUCGGUUUAAAGAUAUACGUCAGUCCAUUAAUGCUGGGGAGAUAUAACUAGUACAAGGAAAGAAACUGCAUUGAUUCCUUCGAAAACUAUCGUCACUUUAUUUCCAAAAACGAUCCCCACACAAAGCAUACUCCUCCAGUCAGACCCAGAAUGCGUAUUGGCGAAUUAUACAUGGAUCUGAAUACUGAUUGGCUGUUCCAUUAUCAUUCCGAAUAUUGAGUGGCUGAAUCAUCGUCAGGGAUAUUGCUGAUUGGCUCCGGCGUUAUCGGUCUCGGUCCUUCCACUGAUAACGCCCCACGCAGUCUCACGGGAAAGCUAUUUUCUCAAAAAAAAAAAUGUCUUGGGCAUCUUCAUUCUGAUAAGAUGGUGGGCACUUCACACGGGCGGCCAUUUGUUUUCGCUUGAUAUUUUUAUGUGGUAUCAUUUUCUUCUUCCUUUUUUUUUUUUUUUU